CUUUCUGCGUCUCACAAUCCUCAGGGUUUUCGCACAAUGGGUCUUUCUGCCUGCGCACAUCGGCGGCGCCCGAAAGAAUACGCUAACAACGGAAAAGUGGACUGAAAAAGACUUCUAUGCCGACUGGAACACAUAAAGAACGCAACUCGCAUACACAGUCGAAAAGCCGAUUAACAAAUCUACACAAACCCUCACCAAGAACAUGUGCCAGACAUCAUUUCAUGAAUUCCUGGCCGAGCUGCCAAAAUGCGAGCACCACCUUCACCUCGAAGGCUGCCUAUCACCAUCUCUGACUUUCAAGCUGGCGGCGAAGAACAACAUCAAGUUGCCAAGUAAGGAAGAGAAGCCUGAGUAUGAGUCCAUCCAGACGCUCGAGAAGCGCUACGAGCACUUCGACAACCUCCAGGACUUCCUCGACUGCUACUAUCUGGCCCUGGACGCGGUCAUUACCAAGAAGGACUUCGAGAUGCUCGGCUGGGAGUACUUCACAACGGCCCACGCAGACGGCGUCAAGCACGCAGAACUUUUCUUCGACCCCCAAAGCCACACAGUCCGUGGCAUCGCCUUCGAAACCGUUGUAGCUGGAUUCAACGCAGCGUGCGAGCGAGCAAAGAAUGAGCUUGGAAUCAGCAGUCGACUCAUCAUGUGCUUCCUUCGUCACUUGCCCGCAAGCAGCGCGGAGGAGACGAUGCAGAGUGCCAUCGACGGCGGCUUCUUCAAGCCCCAGCAGGGCAAGGACCGCAUCAUCGCUGGUCUCGGUCUCGACUCCAGCGAAGUCGGGUUCCGUCCAGAGCUCUUCAAGGAGCAGUACGCAAAGGGCAAGGAGCUGGAACUUCACAGGACUGCUCACGGUGGCGAGGAGGGCGACCCGUCAUACAUCAGCGGCGCCCUGGACUCGCUGCACUGCGAGCGCAUCGACCACGGCAUCAAGCUUGUUCAGGACCCGGAGUUGCUGAAGCGCAUCGUGGAGGAAGAGAUCCUGCUGACCAUUUGCCCGCUCAGCAAUGUCUGUCUGCAAGCUGUCAAGGAGGUUGGCGAGGUGCCCAUCAGGAAGUUCCUCCAGGACGGCGUCAAGUUCAGCAUCAACAGCGACGACCCGGCGUACUUCGGCGGGUACAUCCUCAAGAACUACUGCGCCGUACAGACGGCGUUCAACCUGUCCAAGGACGAGUGGAAGAUCAUUGUCUCGAACUCGAUCAACGGCAGCUGGGUCGAGAAGCAGCGCAAGCAUGAGUUGCACGCCAUGUUGGAAGAAUGCCUCAAGAAGCACGCAUAGAUGAGUGGCCCACGUUCAAGAAUAGAGAACGGAAGAAAACAGGCAAAUUUGAAGAUACCCACAUUAGCAUGAGACUCAAUGAAACCCCAAUACUGAU